AGCGCGCCCGCUCCAGCAGCUACUGCGACCCCGCUGCGGAUGCAGUUUGGACUGCGUCGACGAACCAAUCUGGCUCGCCAGGCACCGACGCAGCCGAGCUGACUGAGGCCUCCAAACCACCGAAGGGAGACCUUUCGACGAGUGAUGCUGUUCCUCGGCGCACCUGGUCCCGCAGCGAUCCCUCCGACGACCGCCUUCUGCUGGGCUUUGCAACUACCGCGGCUGAAUACCUUAGCGGACAAGUCCUCAUAUCAACCACACCGCCACCUCGGGUGACGCCAUUGCUGGAGAACUAUGCUAUGCAGUCCUGGUACGACUCCCAUGACCUUGGCAACCUUGUUACCUACUUGGUCUGAUGUCUUGCUGCUAGCCUUCCGGUAAUCUGUAUAUGGGACGGUUAGCUCGUACUUAAGUGCCUCUUGAUGACAUAUUUUCAUUGGUCGGCCCAUUGGAGGAGACUUCUAGUCCGGUAAGGUCACAGAAAAGUUAAAUAGUCUUGUGGAUUGGUGGACCUGGUCCCCGAUUAAAUCUUUUCCUCCACUGUACUGCGUCAUGGCUAAUGAUUCGGUUGCAUCGUGGGUUAGUUUGAGUCAGUCGAGUAGCCCAGUCUGUACUGCGAAGUGGGGAGAAGGUUGUUUCUUUCAUUAGUCGGGUCAGACCAGUUGGUUGUAGGGCUCAUUUUUGUUGUAAACAAGUGCCGUUGCUUUGGCUAUAUGUGGUGGUAAUUUGCCCUUCUAGAAAGACUAGAAAAGUACUCUUGUGCACUUCUUCCUAGGAAAUCUAAUUGACUGUGCAUAGAGCCCGAAAUGUUUUGAAGAGAUAUGUAUACUACUUAGGUGAACGCGCUUCUCACGGUUAAGGUUGGCACGGGUGGCUGAGAUGCUUUUCAACUGAAGGCCAGCAUUGUAUUUGUUAGUAGUCUUUCUUCACCUUGAGUCCUUCCUUCUGUCGGUAGGCCAACUUUGAGUCCUGUCAAGGUUCCACAUACUUCGACGCACAUUUUGACUUCUACUUAUUUCUACUUGGCACAGCCGUGAUCAUGUCUGACCCAGUCAACUCCUAUGACGUCACUAAUCGUCCCACUUCACGCGCGACGAUUUGCAACAUUGGGUCUGGACAGCUAAAUCCAUUCCCUCCUCCAACGACGUGGACCGAAUACGGAAGGUCCAAGAGCCACUUCCAUGUCAUGUCAAACCAGGUUUUAAUUUUAACGCCUUCCGGUUGGCAACGAUGCCAGGUUGAGCUCAGUAACACUGAGCUCACUAGGCAGACGACGAAGAAUGUGCCCAGGUCACCGCCUUUAUCGUCCUUCUUUAGUGACCUGAGUUAUCCUCGCGACUGUCUCAUCCGAGACCGAGUCAGUGUAUUUCUUUCGCGGGAGGGCUCUUACACAGCGUCAGCCAAUCACCUCUAGUCUUCACCCAUCUUCCGGGCGUUUGCCGGUACACUCGGACCUUUGUGACGAUGGCGAUGUCUUGUUGUCGAAUCCAUAGAAGGCUUCUGAUGAUUAUGAAAACCCUGAAACCAGCGCCGAUUAGGAGGCUGGUAUCCAUAUUUUGUUCAUUUGACAGCAGCCUCGCCCAGAUGCAUUUUGAACUCUGCUUUUUCGAGUUUACAGCAAUUAAUCUCUAGGGUCCUUUCUUUUGGUCAGUAACGCAGUUCGAAAGGGCUUUGUCCAUCUCAACACUCACAAGUUAAUUGACCAAUCUAGUGACUUCAUUCACUCGCGACACCGCACUCCGUAGGUCACCAGAGCUUGAGGCCUGCGUAGUCGAAAUCACUCGGGUUGAAUACAUUAGGACUUAAAGUUUUCGGAAUUCUGAAUGUUGCAAACGAUUUCGGCCAGUGUUUAAUACGGUAUUGAUUGUUUCCGGAUGCGUGGUCCAUCCUGUUGUCUGGAGACGAAACAGUUCUCUUUCCGGAAUUCUGAACCACGUGUCCGUUCCCUGCCUCUGUUCUGUGCACUCCUAGUCCCGCUCGAAGACUAGGUAGGCUCCACCGUCUUUUCACCUAUGUGGCCGCUGCUCAGGUCCUUUGCCAAACUGUCAACUCUUUCCGGACGCUUGUUAGGCAUUUGAAUUACCACAGUCGCAGAGACCGUCGCGCCCCUCUUUCUUGCGAUUACUCUUCUGAGGAGAAAGAGGUGCUCACCUGAUCACGGGACGUGUUUGGCUGACGUUUCGAAGAGCUGGGGCGGCUCUCCAUUGUCAAAGCGUCUUGUGAAUGGAGAGCCGCCCCGGCUCUUCGAAACGUUAGCCAACCAAGUCACGUGAUCCGGUGAGCACUUCAUUUUCCUCUGACUAUCAACCCGGAUCUCUUACUUUUUCUAACCUGAGAUUACUCUUCUCUUUUUCAUCCCCAGGCUAAUGUCCGAGAAGCACCUACUGCACUUCACUCACUUUGUGGGCUCCUACGUAGAACUGCUCUCCUCCUGGGGCCUGAUUCACUGCCGUACGCGACUCUCCCUGCAAUGGCACAAGAUCCUUCUCUGGAUGAGCGCUCGUGCCAGACCCGACUUCUACUCCCGCCUACUCCUGCCCCCCGUCUCCGCUGCAGACACGAAAGAGACGACUGCACGUCGUCUCCUCAUCAGCCCUCUAGAGUGGACGCACGGAAGCCCGCCCAAGGCCAUCUACUCCUGGACGAGCCUGCAACUCACAGCGGUCUCCAUCCUCUAUCCUCCCGACCUGGCGGCUACCGCUGUAGACAGCGCGGGGGAGUCGCCGGCUCAAGAACACGCUCGCCUUCUGCCCGCUGGGCUGGAUCCCGCGGAAGAGGGUGUGGAAUGGGAGCAGCUACCGCCUCCGCAGAGGGAAGCGGACCCCUCAGCCGAGCGCACCACAGCUGCCGUUUUGCUGCGCUGUGCCAUCUGUCGGGUGGUUGUCCGUGGCAUCGUCAUCCUCUGUCCCCUCUGUCAUCACGGGGGCCACUUUGAUCACAUGUUCCAGUGGUAUGCACAUUGCCUGGCCGGCAAUCGCAAGUUCAUCUGCCCGCAUGUGAACUGUGAUUGUGCUUGUGCCGCGCUGGGCAGUACUCUGGGCAAGCACUCCUCUCUGCGACCCGACAUGACCUCCCUGCGUCAGUUUCGAGUUCAUAGGGACUCUGUGUAG